AGAUAGAUCAUUUGUAUUAAAUAUUAAAAACAUCAAAAAGAAAAAAGAAUUUCAUCCAAAAAUAGAUUAACAAACAAAUAAUUAAAAAAUAAUACACUCAAUUCUAAAGAAAUGUCAUUAAUUUUUAAAAAGAAAUCUAUUAAAAAUGCAAGCUCUUUAUUUAAAUUAACUGAAAAGGAAAUAGAAUGGGUUAUUCUCGUGAAUAACAAGUCAUAUUACACGAUUCACUUCGUUUAUAGCGAUUUAGCUAACCAAAAGAUUCUGAAGCUAAAUGAAUUAACAUUAUUAAAAGCUAACAUAAAAAAGGAUAAUUUAGACCAUACUUUCCAAAUUGAAAACAUUGAUUUCACAAUCAAAUACAAUAAAGAUCAAAAGCAAUUUUAACUUUUGGCAUAUGGAAAUGACAUUGAACAAUAUUCAGAAGAAAAUAUUAAGAAAUAAUCUUUUCAUAAAUCAGCCACACAUAGCUAUAGUGUAGGAAAUUAGUAUCAAUAACCACCUAUAUAAAAUUAAUAUAAUUCAGCUUAGUUAGGUCGCUCUUAAACCUAUAGUUAGCCUUUGUAAGCACAACAAGCUUACUAAUAAAAUUAACAACAAGCCUUUAAACCAAAUUAAUAAUAAGUUGCUCCAUAAUAGAUGAUGCUCCCUCCUGAAAAAUAAAUUGAAAUUACAGAAAAUUUAGUCUAAAUGUUUGACGAUGUCAUAGACAGCUGCAAAUUAAAUAAAGAUGUUAUAGAUUCUGAAGACUUAAGAGAGUUAAAGAAAUCAAUUUAAAUUUACUAAAACUCUUUAACUUUAUGCUUAAACAUGAAUGUUAGUGAGUCAAUGAUGGACAAGCUAUUAAAGAUCAUUGAAAGAAUUAACAAUUCUUUAAGAUACUAUGAAAAGAUUCUUACUAGAGAAAUUGUUAUUGAUAAUAUUGAUUUCGGAGCAAGUCGUGCCUAAUUUAAUAAAUAAAACAAUGUAGCUGUUGCUCCUUAAAAUCAAGCUCAAAAUUAGUAAAAUAAUAACAACAACAAUGAUAAUCUUUUGUUACAUAACUUUUCUGAUAGUAGUAAUUCUGAUGAUGACCAAAAAGCCCCUUAAUAAAUCAAUCAUAACUAUCCUUAAUAACCACAAAGUUAAGUGCUCUUUUAUUAAAACUAAUAAAUGUAAAAAUAAGCCUCACAACAAGAAGCCUAAUCAGAGGCACUAUAAUAAUCUUAUAAAUAACCAAAUAAAAUGUUGCUUCCAAGUCUACCUCCAUAAUAAAUAAAGCAAUAUCCUCAAGUUAAGCUAAAUGAAUAAUUAUCUCCUCAGCCUCUAAAUAAUUCUAAUAAAAUUAAUAAUAUUUAAGGUCAAAAGUAAGAUAUAGAUGAUGAGAACAUGUGCAUAAUUUGUAUGAAUGAAGAAAGUGCAUAUACAUUAAUCCCUUGUGGACAUAAAAAAUACUGUGGAGCUUGUGCUGAAGAAAUGGUAAAAUAAAAAUAAUGUGCAUUUUGCAGAAAACCUUGCUAAUAAUCAUUAAGAAUAUUUGAUUGA